AUGAGUGAGCAGCCCAUCUUCAGCACGCGGGCGCACAUCUUCCAGAUUGACCCUACGACCAAGAAGAAUUGGCUCGCCACCAGCAAACAGGCCGUCACGGUUUCUUACUUCUUUGACAGCACCAGGAACGUCUAUCGAAUCAUCAGCCUGGAGGGAUCCAAGGCCGUGAUCAACAGCACCAUCACUCCCAACAUGACCUUCACCAAAACCUCUCAGAAGUUUGGCCAGUGGGCCGACAGCCGCGCCAACACAGUCUACGGGCUGGGCUUCUCGUCGGAAAGCCACCUGAGCAAGUUUGCGGAAAAGUUUGCCGAGUUCAAGGAAGCGGCUCGACUCGCCAAGGAGAAAUCUCAAGAAAAGAUGGAACUCACCAGCACACCCUCGCAGGGCGGCACUGUCAGAAGGAACAUGUUACCUGCCAACAAACCCCUGUUCAAGAAGGAGUCUACCAGCGGCGCUCUACAGUCACCUCUAACGGCGGAGAGCGUAAACGGCACCGAGGACGAGAGAGCGACGGCGUGCACGCCUCAGCCUUCGGAGGCCAGGGCCGAGCCUUCCCAUAACGCGCUUCCCUUUUCACACAGUUCCUCCAGCAUCGGGAAGCACUUAGAGGCCGAGCUGGCAGCGCUGAAGGGCAACAACGCCAAGUUAACGGCGGCGCUGCUGGAGUCCACGGCCAACGUCAAGCAGUGGAAGCAGCAGUUAGCCGCAUACCAAGAGGAGGCGGAGAGGCUUCACAAACGAGUGACAGAGCUGGAGUGCGUGAGCGGCCAAAACACUGCAGUGAAAUCUGAGAAAACGGAGUUGAACCGCACCAUCGAGGAGCUGGAGGCGGCUCUCAAAGCCAAGGAGGACGAGUUGGAAUGUCUCAAAGCAGAGGUGCAGAGUGCCAACCAGUUUCAGUCCCAAAGAGACUCGCUCACACAGAAGCUGCAGGAAGUGGAGCGUCGUAACGAGGCGCUGGAGUUGCAGCUGGGCGAGCUGGAGCAGCGCGUGGACGCCAACCGGCGGGAACGCGAAGUGUUCCGACAGAGUCUGCGCUCGCUGCUGCAGCUGCUCGACGGCAAGAUCUUCGAGCUGACAGAACUGCGGGACGCUCUGGCCAAGCUGCUGGAAUGCAGCUAA